AUGACUUUCCUCAAACUCAACUCACAAUUAAUGCAGUAUCAGCAAUAUGCGUAUUUUUAUAUAGAUUGCAUUUUUUUAGCGUUCUAUAGCCCUUUUGAAGAUAGAGUUAUUCAAAUUACAAAUAUAAUUACUGAAUUUGGAAUUUCAAUCAUUUUUCUUCUCCUAACUCCAUAUUUUUUUGAUUUGGGGCAAGCUGGGAUUGAUAUUAUGGACAAUUUAAUUAUGUGUUUUACUACAUGUCUUGUGGUAGUGCAAGCUACUGGGCCAUUUAUAAAUUCAAUAAAAGAAUUGUAUAUUGCUACCAAAAGAAGUUUAAAUGAAAAUUCACAAUCAAACCAAAUUAAAAUGUCAAAAAGUCCGAAAAAGCAUGAUUUAAACAAUUUGGACAAUUUUUUUGAUGAUACAAAUCGAAUAAGUACAACAGAAAAAAGAAUAAUAAUUAUGUAA